AUGCCGAAUGGGAAAUCCAGUGACAAAACAAGAACGUAUCAUUCUGGAGAUGAAGACUUCGAGUUCUCAGAAGGAGACAGUGCUUCUGGACACACCGGGCCUUUUCCCCGAGGCGUCUACAGACCCGGAGCUGGGAUUGAGAACCCGGCCUUCAUGCCCGACCUGGACCCCAUGGCUCCGGUGCAGAUCCCGCCCUGGCUGGCUGAGGGGGAGGGAGCCGCAGUGGCCCCGUCACAGAGGGCUCAGGCCGGGCUGCCGUGGACGCCCAGUAACCUGCGGCGUCUGGCCCCUCUGCGCAUCAGCACCCGCUCCUCAGACUCCUUCAUCCUCGCGGACACACCUCAGUCCUCCUCUUCCUCACGGAGCAGUGAGGACCUGCCCCCUCCGCCCUCGCCUCCGCCCUAUCACUAG